AUGUGGGUAGCUUUCCGAGUCUCUGCUCAUCUGAACCUCCAUGGGCUGCUCUUUGCCUAUGGUCAGAGCCAAGUUGGAGUAGGACAGGUCUGGCCCCUCCAAGGAUUUACUACCCCAGUCUUCCAGCACUUACAAAUUGUACUCCAGCAGAUUGUACCCCAAGGUCUGUUCUGGAAGGAUGACAUCGCCCAGGAUGUGAUGACCCAAAAGAUGGAGCACAUCAGCAGACUCCAGCUCCAAGAUCCAUGUCUGACGGGUGGGAAGGCAGUUUUUCCCACUAAAACCACUGGGGUGAGGGGCAAGCAAGAGGAGAAACUUCAACUCUUACUCCCCAAGAGCCCAAUGGCCAAGGUGAACAAGCAACAGUGCUUUACUUCCAAAGUGGUCUUGAAGGCCUUGAAACAAGAGGUGGUCAAGCCUGUCAAGGUUGGUUGGCUGAUCAAGGACUUGAAUAGAUCAAGAUAUGAACAUCUGUGA